AUGUCUGAUCAAAUGGAUGUGGACUCAUUGGAAGCUACGCCAACGGAACAAUCACAACAGCAACAGGACAACAAGCCAAAGAAAAAGAGAUUUGAGGUCAAAAAAUGGACUGCUGUGGCCUUUUGGUCGUGGGAUCAAAGCAAUGAAACAUGUGCUAUCUGCAGAAAUCACCUUAUGGAGCCUUGCAUAGAUUGUGCAGCAACUGGAAAAGAUAGGAGCAAUUGUCCUAGGGCCGUUGGUAUGUGUAACCAUUCAUUUCAUCUACAUUGUAUUGAUACAUGGAUCAAAACGAGAAAUUCAUGUCCAUUGGAUAGUUCUGAUUGGUCGUUAAAGGAGGUGAUACAAAACUGA